GUUGUUUUCCCCGCUGUGUUUUGAAAUCUGCGGUAGCGGACAUGGCUGCUACUGGCGCCGUCGUGCAAGUGCCGCCGGAGCUCGAGUUGUACCUGCAGGAACACCGUGUCGCCACCUUCUCCCAAUGGCCCUUCAUGUCUGAUUGCUCCUGCACUCCCGACCGGAUGGCAGAAGCUGGAUUCAUUCACUGUCCUAGUGAGAAUGCACCCGAUGUGGCACAGUGUUUCAUAUGCUUUAAGGAGUUGGAGGGAUGGGAGCCCGAUGAUGACCCCAUGGAAGAGCACCGGCGACAUUCCCCCAACUGUGCAUUUCUUCUUCUCCAGAAAGAAGUGUCUCAACUAACAGUGCAAGAGUUUAUGAAACUUAGCAAAGAGAGAACGAUCAAUAGGAUUAAAAAGCAAGUUAACGAGAAAAUUAUCGAGAUGGAAAAAUAUAUCAAACACAUCCGAAAUGAAAUAGACGUUCUGCGUUCCUGAAUCUUUUGUUGUGCUUUCCAUUGCUGUCUAAAUGGCUUUAAGCAGAGGCAGAAACUAAAUUGUGCCAUAUCUGCGCCUCAGUCCAAGUAUGAAUUUCUUUGAAUUUUAUCCUUGUGUGAUUUACUUUCCCAUUGUUAAUAAAUAUUUACUGGUCUUCAGGUUACUGC